AUGGUGGAUAGUUCGGAAGCCCAUCAAAGUAGCGGAAAUGCUUCCCAUCAGGUAGAAGUUAGUACACCUCAGCCAGGAGAAAAAAGACCAGGCUGCAAUUCCAUCACCAGAUCAGAUGAAGGCCUAAGCGAAAAGGUAGCAGGUGAUAUUCCCCCAGAGGGAGGAUAUGGAUGGGUCUGUGUUGCCUGCGCUGGUCUGAUCAACGCCAACACUUGGGGCGUGAAUAGUUCGUAUGGGGUCUUUCUCUCGUAUUACCUAGAGAACGAUAUAUUCCCAAAUACAAGCCCAAUAGAAUAUGCCUUCACUGGCGGCUUGAGCAUGUCAUGCUGCCUGCUCAUCUCCCCCCUUGUCACUCAUAUGGUGCAUUUAUAUGGCAACCGAGCGGUCCUUAACUUCGGUGUCAUACUUCAGACGCUUUCGUUCAUCGGAGCGUCGUUCGCAACACAAAAAUGGCACAUAUUUCUCUCACAGGGUGUAUGCUUUGGUCUUGGAAUAGGUGUUAUCUUCGUCACAUCAGUGAGCAUAAUACCUCAGUGGUUCCGGCGCAAAAGAAGCAUUGCCAAUUCCAUCGCUGCUGCUGGCUCCGGCAUAGGAGGCCUUGCGUAUUCCCUUGCGGCGGGCUCACUCAUUCCUAAGGUAGGGCUAGGGUGGACUUUUCGUGUAUUGGGGCUAUGCUCAUUCGCAAUAAACUUGGUUGCCUCCAACCUGAUGCGCGAUCGGAAUAAAGCUGUGGGCAGCAGGUACCGUGCCUUUCACUUCCCACUGCUAAAACGGCCGGAGUUCCUCUUUCUUCAGGCAUGGGGUAUGCUCUCGCUGCUGGGAUAUGUUGUUGUCCUUUUCAGUUUACCAAACUUUGCUCUUUCGAUUGGCCUAUCCCAAAAGCAAGGCAGCAUUGCUGGUGCCCUGCUGAACUUGGGUCAAGCCAUCGGGCGUCCCAUUGUUGGCCUUUUCAGCGACAGGUACGGCCGACUCAACAUGGCUGUCCUGUUUACCAUCUUUUGUGGCCUUCUCUGCCUAGCUGUCUGGAUACCGGCAUCGAAUAUGGGUGUGCUUUCCUUCUUUGCCGUCAUAGUAGGCACCGUGGCCGGCACCUUUUGGACAACUAUUGUCCCGGUCUGUGCAGAAGUAGUCGGUAUGCGAGAACUCCCCGGCGGCUUAAGCAUUACCUGGGUCGCUAUGGUGCCUGCGACUACUGUGGCCGAGCCCAUUGCUCUCGUUCUCAGAAGCGGAUCCGGCUCGACGGGCUCUUAUACAUAUGCACAGGUUUUUGCUGGGCUUGUAUAUGUUGCUGCAGGGCUAUUUUUGCUGGUCGUUCGGGGCUGGAAGAUUGGAGAUAACGAGCAGAUCGAAAAGGCUGCGGCAGUCAAGAUGAAGACGCCUAGCAAUGCGGCAUCAAGUCAAGUUCUCACAACUCUUCAGAGCGCUAAGAUGGAUGAUCCUCUCACUGACAGUGCAACUGUUGAAUGCAGGAUGAGCCAUCCAGAAAACAACACUAACCGUCUACCUACCAGCGUGGAUGAGAAAAUUUGGUCGCUUCUGCCACUUACUCGGAGAAUGGUGGCUUGGAAAGUGGUGUAA